GUCGGCUCAUUAAAACGUGAGGAUGGCAGUUUGGGACAAAAACAGUCUGUGGGGGCUCCUGUUCCUGCUGGCAGGUGCUGUGGGUCAAACUGUGAUCUAUCCUUUCACGUCUACCUGUGCUGUCAGAGGAUCCACUGUCACCCUCCCCUGCACCUUCACACCUCUGAAGUCUUUCAAAGUGAAUCAAACAGAAGUUCCACUAAAGAUCGUCAGAGUCCUCUGGUGUCAGAACCACCGGUACUGCUACACUAACACUCCCUCUGUGUAUGACAGUAACUCAGCAAACAUCAAUCCUCGUUAUCAAUAUCUGGGAGACAUGAAGACAAACUGCACUUUACAGAUCAGAGAUGUUCAGCAGGGAGACAACGCAACCUUUCGCUUCAGGAUGGAAGCUGAUCAUCGUGAAGGACAUUUCACUAACAAGACAGGAGUGACUGUCAGAGUUGAUGAUGGGUCUAAAAUGAGAAUAAUCAGCUCCAGUGAUGAUGAAACGUUGAGCAGAGGUGAAACCGUCACACUGCUCUGUGCUUCAGGCUGCACUUUCCACCAACUGGAGGUCACCUGGUUCAAAGAUAACCACGCCCUCUCAGACACUGGCCCCUCCCUCCAUCUCAGCCCUUUGACUGCAGAGGACUCUGGGAGCUACACCUGUGCUCUGAAGGCCAACAUGGAGACUGUCUCUGAGCCGUACAGCCUGCAGGUGGAGGCAGGAAACCUGGACGAGCUCACAGUCAUCCGUCUGGUUCUGUUCAGCGCUCACACGCUGCUCAUCGUCACUGUGGCAUCAAUAAUAAUCAAAAGGACGUGUUGUUUGCAGCACAGGAGCAGGUCAGCAGCAGAAAGCUAAGAGACAUCUGGAAGCUCAGCCUCCAGACGUCACUGAGGAGCCGAGGACCAACGAAGAAGAACGAGGCCAGGCUGUGUGAUGGCACCGUCACCUGUAACAUGUCUGCUUUAUUACCCAUAAUGCUCACCGUGGCGGUUCAGACUCCACGGUCACACUCUGACCUGUUUUAGGUGGCGUUAAAAAUGAGUCCAACACAAGUGCAGCC